AUGGCUAUCACCAUUGAGGGAUCGGAGGUUGCCAAACACUGCACUAGAGAUUCGUGCUGGGUUGUGAUACAUGGCAAGGUUUGGGAUGUGACCAACUUCCUAGAUGAACACCCGGGAGGCGUUGGGCUGAUUCUCAAAUGUGCUGGACGCAAUGCCACAAACUCUUACGAAACAGUCCACAACCCCGAGCUGGUCGGUGAGAUGCUGCCGGCAGAAUGCUGUGUAGGUGCAAUAAAGCCAGGCGACUUGGCAGAGCAAGAUUUGGCGAACGAAGACAUAUUGGGCAAUGGCCAAGCAACGGCAGCGUCGUCCCCGCCAUUAACCUCGCUGAUAAAUAUUGGAGACUUUGAAAAGGUCGCAGAGAAAUGCCUUUCAGCAGCUGGAUGGGCGUACUACUCAUCAGGAGCUGAGGGCGAGAUAAGCCUAGAUGAUACCCGACGUAUCUUCAACAAAAUCUCCCUCCGUCCCCGCAUUAUGAGGAACGUCGAGUCGAUUUCUACAUCAAUCAAUAUUCUCGGGCACACUUCUUCACUGCCUCUCUACAUUUCACCGACAGGUCUAGGCCGCUAUGCCCAUAAAGAGGCAGAAACAAUCCUAUCAUCGGUGGCUGGCGAUGAAGGAAUUAUAUAUAUGAUGCCUACGAGUCCGUCGCAGUCGCAUGAUGCUAUCUUUAGCGCACGUAUCAGCAAGGACCAGCCACUGUUCUUCCAGCUUUACUCAAGUCGCGACAGGAGCAAAGCGAAGGCGUUAGUCCAGAAAGUCGAGUCCCUAGGUGCAUCUGCUAUCUUCGUAACUGUCGACUCACCAGUUCUUGGCCGGCGGGAACGAGAUGACCGUGUUAAAGUAGCAGCAGGGGAACAAGCGACCCAAGCAGGUGUUGCAAAAUCCUCUGCGACUGGUCUUCUAAACCCCACACUUAUCUGGGAGGACCUUAAGUGGCUGAAGGGCGUGACCCGUCUUCCUAUUGUUCUCAAGGGCGUCCAGACUGUGGAGGAUGCGAUUUUAGCACACAGACAUGGAGUUCAGGGCAUUGUACUUUCAAAUCACGGAGGAAGAUCUCUCGACACGGCUCAGGCCCCUAUGCUAACGUUGCUGGAGAUACGAAAGUACGCGCCUUAUCUCCUGUCGCCGACUAUAAGACAGGGAUUCCAGGUUUUCAUAGACGGCGGUAUAAGGAGGGGCACGGACAUUAUCAAGGCACUUGCUCUAGGUGCAUCAGCUGUUGGUGUAGGACGGCCAUUCCUGUACUCACUAACUGCUGACUAUGGAAAAGCGGGCGCUAGAAGGCUAGUCCAAAUGCUGAGAACGGAGUUGGAGACAAGCAUGGCUCUUAUCGGCGCUGUGGAGGUCACGGAUCUUGCCCCCGAGAUGGUGAAUAGCGAACGAGCAGAGAGUGAGGUCUCGCGAAGGGUCAAACUGUGA